UACAACCAUGAGUGGUAAAAAAGGAACAAUAAAAUCAGAAAAUCCCAAAGGGGAUUUGCCAUGCAUUGUCUUUAAUGAGUUACUGGCCGAGAGUGACAAGGGACUGGUGGUUAUCCAAGAAUGGUGGGGAAUGAACAAGCAAAUCAAAGAAGAGGCACACAGUAUCAGCAAAAUGGGAAAAUUUGUUACGAUCGUUCCCGACCUGUACAGAGGAAAGAUAGCAACGGACUACGAAGAGGCUGGUCAUCUGAUGAGCAACCUCGACUGGCCAGGGGCAGUCAAAGACAUUCGGGCCUCUAUCCUCCACCUAAAGUCCAUGGGCUGUAAAAAGGUGGGCGUGACCGGGUUCUGUAUGGGCGGAGCCCUCUCCUUGGCAGCGGGGGCCUUAUUACAGGGUGUUGUAGAUGCCAUUGCCCCGUUCUAUGGAAUUCCAGAUGAGAAACUGUGUGAUGUUUCCACUAUCAAGUGUCCAGUACAGUGUCACUUCGCAGCCCUGGAUCAUUUGGUGGGGUUCUCAUCUCUGAAAGACGCGGAAAAGCUGGAAGAGAAGUUAAAGGCGGGAAAUGUGGAUUACGAGAUGAAUAUUUAUGAUGGGGCAGCCCAUGCCUUCACUAACGCCACCGGACCUAACUAUAACAAAGACUCUUGUCAUCUGGCCUUGCAACGAUUAUGCACAUUCAUGAACAAAUCCUUGGUAGAAUAGGUUUUAGACUGUUGCUUUAAUAGAUUAACUUUUUUAUGUGUGCUGUUGAUAAUAUGAUAUACACUCUGUUGAUUUACUGUACUUUUGUUUUGCAUUUUGCAGAUAUUUUUAUUUUUUAAACACUCCAGAAAUGUGUAAUGUCAUUGCAGUGUUGAAUAUUAAAAUAAAUGCACAUCACAAUA